AGUCAACUCUUCUUCAUCAACCCUCUCAUAUUUUUGUCAUGUUUCAUUAACUAAAAGGGCACCGGUGAAAAAUGUUUUGAAUUUCUUUCUGUUUUGUUGUUCUCAUUUUCCCUAUUUUUUUUCUCUGUUAAGUUUUCCUAUUUUUUGGAGCAUGUUAAUGAGAGAGGAGGGAGGGAUCGGGGCCUUGUUGCUUUUGGGAUGUGAUUUUAAGGAGAUAAUUUAGGAGAUAAUGGUGGGGUUAUUCUGGAGAUUUUAGAAAGGGUUUCGUUGGUUUUUCUUCUUUCUUCUUCUUCUUCUUCUUCUUCUUCUCUCUGUUUCUUUUGUUGGGUGAUGGUGAGCUGGGUUUUGGUGUACUGUUGUUUGGAUCUGAGGAGAUUGAGAAGUUAAAGUUUCGAGGGGAGUGUGCGUGUUUGUUUAGUGGUGAUGGAGAGGAAGGUUGGGGUGUGGCUGAUCUUUCUGCUGCAUCCAUUAUGGCUGGCUUUGGGUAAUACCGAAGGUAAUGCUUUGCACAGCCUGAGAAGCAACUUGAUUGAUCCAAACAAUGUCCUGCAGAGUUGGGAUCCUACCCUUGUCAACCCUUGCACAUGGUUUCAUGUCACCUGCAACAAUGAUAAUAGUGUUAUAAGAGUUGAUCUUGGAAAUGCUGCUUUGUCUGGUCAGCUUGUUCCGCAACUUGGCCUGCUUAAAAACUUGCAAUACUUGGAGCUCUACAGUAAUAACAUAAGCGGACCAAUUCCUGGUGAUCUUGGUAACUUGACUAGCUUGGUGAGCUUGGAUCUUUACUUGAAUAGUUUUACUGGUCCCAUCCCAGAAAGUUUGGGCAAGCUGUCAAAAUUACGAUUUCUCCGGCUUAACAACAACAGCUUGACGGGUCGCAUUCCUAUGCCAUUGACUAAUAUUUCAUCACUUCAAGUGUUGGAUCUAUCAAACAACCGUCUCUCUGGCGUUGUUCCAGAUAAUGGUUCCUUCUCAAUGUUCACUCCCAUCAGUUUUGCUAAUAAUUUGGAUUUGUGUGGGCCAGUUACUGGGCAUCCUUGCCCAGGUUCUCCCCCAUUUUCACCUCCUCCUCCGUUUGUUCCACCAACCCCAAUUUCCUUACCAGGUCGCACAAGAGUGCAAAGAAAUUUAUGAGAAUUCGCUUGUGGAUGGAAACCCUCCAAGGGCUGGUUUUGUGUUCCCAAAAGUGAAGUACUUGUCAGCUUCUAAAGGUUAUCUCUGGCGAAAGCUUACUUAGUUCAACUACAAAUGCCAAUAUUGUACGUGGAUCACAACUGCUGUAAAUUUUUUACUCUGUUCAUUCCAAGUGAUAAAUUGAUUUAUAUUACAUUUCUCAAUAACCUCUACGCUUAUUAAUCUUUGUAUUUAUGCAUUUCUGGCUAAUAAAUUCAAUUGUUACUUAAAA